AUGGUGGAGGAGGAGGAGGAUCUUAAAUCCUCUGGUGACAUGGUGGAAGAAAAUGAGCCCAAAAAUGGGUGUUGUGGUGCUCUCUGCACGCCAAUCAAUUGGUUCAAAAUGCUGUGUGUGGAAAUGCAUUGGAGUUUUGUAAUGGGGGUGGUGGUUGUUUAUGGAAUAAGUCAAGGACUGGGUGGAGCUCUUUAUCGCGUGGGCACAGAAUAUUACAUGAAGGAUGUUCAAAAAGUGCAGCCUUCUGAAGCACAAUUUUAUCAAGGAAUUACUUCUAUUCCUUGGCUUGUCAAGCCUCUCUGGGGUCUCCUCACCGAUGUUCUCCCAAUUUUCGGGUAUCGAAGACGGCCUUAUUUCAUUGUAGCAGGUUCUAUUGGUGUGAUCUCCAUGCUCGUGCUAUCAUUCCAUGAAAAGCUGCACAUUGCACUUGCCCUUUUGUCACUAACAGCUGGAAGUGCUGGAGUGGCUGUAGCAGAUGUCACCAUAGAUGCCUGUGUUGCACAGAACAGUAUUAAUCAUCCGUCACUUGCAGCCGAUAUGCAAAGCCUGUGUGCCCUGAGUUCCUCCAUGGGGGCACUACUGGGAUUCUCUGUUAGUGGUAUCUUUGUUCAUCUUAUAGGCUCUAAGGGGGUAUACGGGUUGUUGGCAAUCCCAUUUGGACUUGUAUUCUUAAUUGGAACUCUGCUUAAGGAACCUCCUUCUCCCAAUUUCGCUUACACACAGGUCAAUCAGAAGUUUGUUGAUGCUGGCAAGGCUAUGUGGACAACGUUGAAAUGUCCUGAUGUAUGGAGGCCAUGCUUAUACAUGUACUUUUCCCUUGCAUUAAGCUUGAAUAUCCUUGAUGGAAUGUUCUACUGGUAUACAGACUCGGAGGGCGGUCCAUCUUUCUCACAGGAGAAUGUUGGAUAUAUAUUCUCCAUCGGUUCAGUUGGUUCCCUUUUGGGGGCAGUACUCUAUCAAAAUGUUCUAAAGGAUCAUCCUUUCCGGGACUUGCUGUUCUGGACUCAACUGGUUUACAGUUUAUCAGGAACGCUAGAUUUGAUGCUGGUCUUGCGAUUGAAUUUGAAAUUUGGCAUACCGGAUUAUUUCUUUGUUGUGAUCGAUGAAAGUGUAUCUCAAAUGACUGGAAGGCUCAAAUGGAUGCCUCUUCUUGUGCUUAGCUCAAAGCUUUGUCCUCCGGGAAUCGAAGGAACUUUUUUUGCUCUGCUCAUGUCAAUCGAUAAUGUUGGACUUCUCUCAGCAACAUGGGGAGGAGGCAUCUUACUGCAUGUAUUGAAGGUUACACGGACACAAUUUGAUAAUCUCUGGCUGGCCAUUCUGAUUAGGAACAUCUUGAGAUUAGCUCCGCUUUGUUUGCUAUUUUUGGUACCUAGAGUUGAUCCCAACUCUUCCAUUCUUCCAACCGAAAUCUUGAAUACAAAAGAGGAUAUUGAAACUCAAGAAACAGAGAACAUUGAAUUGGUCUCCCUUGUGAACAGAGUUGAUGAUAAAUAGCCCAACAAUAUACCUUUCACAUCAAAAUCAUCUUAGGUUUCAGAAACGUAUUAAGAAGACCAAGCCAAAGUUGCUUUAGGUUGAUACUUGAAAGAGUUAUGAUGAAUGUACUAUUGUUAUAUAUUUUUAAAUUAUUUAUCACAUUUUUUCUUAUUAAUGGGAGAAGUAUUUCAUGGUA